AUGGCGCCCCGCAGGCCGCGCCUGCCGCUAGUCCUGGCCCUGGCCCUGGCGCUGCCCUGGCUGCCGAGCCGGCCCCCGGCGGCGGCCGCGCUGCCGCUGGCGCCCGGGCCGCGGCGGGAGGUGCUGGCGGCCGCCCUGCAGCGGCUGCGCGAGGUCUUCGACAUCGAGGAGCUGCCGCCCGACGUGCUGCCGCGCAAGAAGCCGCCGCAGUUCAUGGUGGACCUCUUCAACAAGGUGGCCGACGCCAACGGCAUCACGCGCGCGCCCGGGCUGCUGCAGGGCAACGUGGUGCGCAGCUUCGAGGACCGAGUGCUCGUAGACCAGCAUCACUUCUACUUCGACAUCAGCGCCAUGGAGAGGGGCGAGCAGAUGCUCAAAGCCGAGUUCAGAGUCUUCAAGCUCAAGAAGAAAGCCCUGGCUAGGAGGUCGGAUUCGUCGCACUUUUGCAAGGUGGAAGUGUAUGAGCUCCUGGAGAGUGGAAGUAAGCCGCAGAAAAAGCACCUCAUUGCCUCAAGAUUAUUGUCAUUGUACACGGAGGGCUGGGAAGUGUUCAAUGUCACACAGACAGUUUCCAAAUGGGUUGGAAACAGCAGCUAUAACCAUGGCUUUUUGAUAACUACAACACACGUUUUCAACAACAGAAUUGAGCACAACCUGGUGAAGUUUGCUAAGAGCCAGGGAGCUCUGCAGGAGAGCAGAAAUGCCUUCCUUGUCCUCUUCACAAACAGUCACAAACGGAGGUCUUCCAGCUUUGUACCCUCUUCUGCAAAACCAGAGCCGAACCCUGUGAGAACUAACGCGUUGUUGCGGGUGCCUCGCCAAACUCGCGUCGACGGCCACAACGACCACGCAGGCAGGAGACCUCGGGCGGCCGAAGUGCCUUCCACCACCGGCCAGGGAGCAGCGUGUCACCGAAGGGAGCUCUACGUGGACUUCCGCGCUAUCGGCUGGUCAGGGUGGAUCAUUUACCCGAGUGGCUACAACGCCUUUUAUUGCAGAGGGACCUGUCUGUUUCCCUUGGGGGAAAAUCAAAACGCAACCAACCAUGCAACUGUCCAGUCCAUAGUCCAUACACUCAAGUUGUCUCAAGAUGUUAGCACACCAUGCUGUGUGCCAGAUGAAUUGAAGUCCCUCAAUCUUCUCUACUUUGAUGACAAAGAGAAUGUGGUCCUUAAAAAUUAUAAAGACAUGGUGGCAACAAGGUGUGGAUGUCAUUAA